AUGGACACACCAAUUGGUAAGGAUCUCACAAAUUAAGUAAUUGGGAAAGUUUAUAAAUUAAUAAAAAGAAUUGGCAGUGGUGCAUUUGGAGAAAUUUAUUUGGUAAAUAAAGGGAAAGAAGAAUAUGCCAUGAAACUCGAAAGAAGUGAUACGAAAAAUCCAUAAAUAUUUUUUGAGGCAAAGUUGUACAAUUAUUUACAAGGAUCUGAUCCUAAUGAUAAAGGUAUUUGAAUUAUUUACUCAAAGCCAGGAAUUCCUAGAAUAUAUGCUUAAGGCUAAGACGGUGAUUAUAAUUACAUCGUCAUGGAUUUAUUGGGUUAAAGUUUGGAAGAGUUAUUUAGUAAGAAUAAUAAAAGACUAUCACUAAAGACUGUAAUUCAUACUCUUUAUAAUUUAGGUGCUUAUGUUGGGUGAUCAAAUGAUUUAACGGAUUGAAUAUAUUCAUACAAAGCAAUUUCUACAUCGCGAUAUCAAACCAGAUAACUUUCUAAUUGGUUUAGGUAAGAAGGCAACUCGAGUUUACAUUCUAGAUUUUGGAUUAGCCAAAAGAUAUUUAACUAAAGAAGGUCACAUUCCCUAUCGAGAAGGUAAGAGCCUAACUGGAACUGCUCGUUAUGCCUCUGUAAAUACACAUUUAGGUUUGGAAUAAUCAAGAAGAGAUGAUCUUGAAUCACUCGGUUAUGUGUUGAUGUAUUUACUGAGAGGUCAAUUGCCUUGGCAAAAUAUGAAAGCUAAUAAUUAAAAAGAUAAAUAUUAAAGAAUUAUGGAAAAGAAACUUGAAACAUCUCCAGAUGCUCUUUGCAAAGGAUUUCCAAUUGAAAUGAGUUAAUAUCUAAAUUAUUGUAAGAAUUUAAAGUUUGAAGAUAAACCAGAUUAUAAUUAUUUGAGAGGUUUAUUUAAGGUAUAUAUUGUAAAUAUUCUAGGAUGCCUUUAAGAAAAUAGGUUUUGAAUGGGAUUAUAAAUUUGAAUGGAUCAAGGAUGAAUCAAUAGUUAAGACAUAAUCAGAUCUAUAAUCAGAAAAUAAGUUGAUGAUUAUGACCUAGCCAUUACAAUAAUAAUAAUAAUAAUAAUAAUAAUAAUAAUAAUAAUAAUAAUAAUAAUAAUAAUAAUAAUAAUAAUAAUAAUAAUAAUAACAAUAACAAUUAUAAUAACAAUUAUAAUAAUCAGGCGUUAGAUUAAAUGGCAUCGAAUCGGAUAAAAAAAUUGGAAAUAAUAAUAGUCACUAUCUCUAUUCCUAAUAAUAAUCAGGACUAAAAAGACCUUAAUUUUAGACCAACAAAGUAUCAUAAUAGUUAUCAGUUGAGAAAAAAAGAACAACUUCUUAAAAUAAAUAGUUUAUUUAAUCUAUUGAGUUAAUCAAACCUGUUACUUAAGUUUUAGCCCCAAAGAUUGUUACUACAAAAGAACCACCAAGAAAGUAUUGA